CAUUCACAACUCUGCUUGCAUCUGUAAUGUCUAUUGGUUAUGAGCAGAGCACCCUUGCAUUUCUUGAUUCCUGGUAUCUUGAUGAUAGAAACAUGCAAUUUUGCUCUAUGUUGGGCAGCAACUAAAGAGAUUUUAGACAAUCCAAUUUUUUUUUUUUUUUUUUGGGUGUCCUUUUCUUCCCUUUCUCAAUCCUCUUGCUAAAAAAAGAAGAUCAUUUUGCAGUUUUUAUGGAUCUUUCACUUUCACCGACAAGGACCAACCAAAAAAGAAAGAAAAAGAAAAAAACUUAAUCAAAAAAGGGGCAUUCCGAGAAUUGAACUUGGGACCUCUUGCACCCUAAGCAAGAAUCAUCCCACUAGACCAAAUGCCCUUCUACAUUAAGUACUUUAUCUAUUUUAUAUAUCAUGUAAUUAAUUAGGUUUGAAUAAACAAUGUUGUGCAUCUAUAACAGAUUUGCUGGUUCAAAUAAUGAUGACAAUUCCAGAAUGCAGUAAAUAGCAUCAAGGAGUGUUUUUAAGCAAACUUCUUCAAUCCCAAGAAUGACUUCUAAAAUCAUAAAAUAUCAACGAUGAUAAACUAUGCAUAUUUAAAUGUAUUGUUCAUCUGUUAACAUUAUUGAUCCAACAACUAUAAGCAGUGAUCUCUAAUUCUAGAAAAAUAUUCAUGUUAAACAUUAGGUUGGGCAUUACAUUUUAUCUCUCUUCUGUUUUUCAUUUUGUGAAAUCUUUAUGUGCAAUUAAUUGAUUGUUAAUUUGUUAAAUAUUGAUGUUGGGCACGGCCUUAUGUGUCCUUGUUACAAUAUCUGUAAGGGAACACAUUGUUUACAUACACCAUAACAGAUCACCAAAAUCUAUUUCACUAAUGUUUCUAAAUACUUUUUAGUGUUCUACAGAAAUGUAAACACUGAUAUUUAUGAUUUUGUUUUCCUUACAAUGUUUCUGAAAUAUGCACUAAUGUAGGGGAUCACUACCCAAAACCAUUUGUAAUAUGAAACCGGCUACAUGAUAACAAAUUGAAAGAGUGUUUCUCCUAAUUAGUCAGGAUUGAACUGCGUUUGAAAGUUUUUGUUUUUGAAUUUGAGUUGAAGAUGCUUUUAUUGGAAGAAGGUGGUUUAUUUUAGUUCUGUGCUAGUGUAUGGGCAGCAUUGGAGUGGUUUUUCUAAGAGAUUUACUGGUUUUUCUAAGUGGUUUUUCUAGGUGGUAUUUCCAAAUUAGAACCCCUCAAUGCUCUUGAAAAUGAUGUACAUGUGCCUAAAACCAAGGGUAAGGAGCAUCGACGCAAAUCAAAAGUUCAAGAUGACAAGAAUGGAACAAUCUCACUUCCAGUGCCUGGUCAAACGAAGAAGGUUGCGUGUAGUUGAUAAAAAAUGCAGUUGGGAGGUUGUGUGCCCCGGCACAGGCUAUGUUUGAAAUGCUUGGAGCCAAACAGCACAAAAGAAAAUGUCCAAUUUGGUUCUCAUUGGUUGCCUCAGAAUACCAGGGAGGAGAUGUUCGCUUGCCACAGAUAUCUGCAUGUUACUUGUGGAUAAAGUGCACGAAUGGUGAAGCUAGUAGGAUUGAGAUGGAUGAAAAUCAAACCAAUCAAGAGCAGCAGCUGAAGGGACUAGUCGAUGAAAGGAUGAAAGAGAUCAAGUUGAUUGCGUAGAAGGUAUGCCCUCGAAGUUCAUGAAGACUUGCAAGGCCAUUCCAUUGUUGUUUGGUUUGUUUGGUGUCCAUGAAUCUACCAAGAAAGUGAAAGCUUUGGAAGAGGUUGGAAUGCAUUGAGGGCUUGCCUGUAAAUGAAUGAGCUGUUUUCCUUAGUUCUAGGAUGAACUUUAAUUUGCAAUCAUGUUAUUUGGAUUAUUAGCUAGAACUCCUUCAUGAUUUAUGAAGUGAAACUCGAAAUCAUGCUAUUAUUCUAUAUUGUGAGCAGUCUGUAGGUAGGUGCUAUUAUUAACACACAUGGAAAACAACCAA